ACCGAGCACCGAGUUCACUGUUCUGAUAAAAAAUGAACGGAACAACAACCGGUUUGGAAAUCCGAGACGCCAUUUCCAGAAUCCGAUUUGCUCCGAAAUCCAACAAUCUCCUUAUCUCUUCUUGGGACUCUAGUCUUCGAUUAUACGACGCCGUUGGAUCUGCGCUCCGAUUAGAAGCUCCGUGCGAGGCUGCGCUUCUAGAUUGUUGUUUCCACAACGACGAGUCUGUUGCUUUCGCCGCUGCCUCCGAUGGCUGCGUUAGAAGGUAUGACUUGCAUUCAGGAAUUAAUGAUACAAUUGGAAACCAUGAUGAUAUAGCAACAAGUAUUGGAUAUUCUGAUGAAACAGGUCAAGUAAUCUCUGCUGGCUUGGACAAGAAGAUACUAUUCUGGGACAUGCGGAUGGCGAAGGCAAUUGAGUAUUUGAGAAACCUAGGUGCAGAGGUGGAUUCCAUGUCACUCUUUGGAUUGAAUUUUUUGGUAGCCAUUGGAUCAUCAAUACAUGAGUAUGACUUGCGUAAGUUGGACAAAUUGGUUCAAUCGAAAGAAUCACACUUGAACAUUCGAAUUAGAUGUGUCAGCUCGAUUCCUUAUUCUAAAGGAUACGCAGUUGGAUCAGUGGAUGGACGAGUAGCAGUGGAGAUGCCCUAUCCAUCCAAUCCAAAUGACAUUAGUUACAUGUUCCGUUGUCAUCCAAAAUCAAAGGAUGGAAGGUAUCAUCUAGCAUCGGUGAAUGACAUUGUUUUCAAUCCACUCAUCUGUGGUGCUUUUGUUACUGGUGAUAAUGAGGGUUAUGUAACUACAUGGGAUGCUCGAAGCAAGAGAAGACUUUUUGGGUUGCCUAGGCUCCCAAAUAGUGUGGCAUCCUUAUCGUACAACCAUGAUGGACAACUUUUGGCUGUUGCAUCAAGCUACACUUACCAAGAAGCUGAAGAAAUAGAAGAGCCUCCUCAAGUAUUCAUUUACAAAAUUGAUGACAGCUGCAUUAGAUCAGUGUCUGCUGGAAGUUCAAGUAGGGUCGAAGCCAUGUCCGACGAGGAGCACCAGUUCGAGUCGAAGGCCGACGCCGGAGCUUCGAAGACGUACCCACAGCAAGCCGGAACCAUCCGCAAGAACGGUUACAUUGUCAUCAAAGGCAGGCCUUGCAAGGUUGUGGAGGUUUCAACUUCCAAAACCGGCAAGCACGGUCAUGCAAAGUGUCACUUUGUUGCUAUUGACAUCUUCAAUGGGAAGAAGCUUGAGGAUAUUGUUCCCUCAUCCCACAACUGUGAUGUUCCUCAUGUCAACCGUACUGACUAUCAGCUGAUUGAUAUCUCUGAGGAUGGAUUUGUGAGUCUGCUGACUGAGAAUGGUAAUACUAAGGAUGACCUGAGGCUUCCAACCGAUGACAAUCUGCUUACACAGAUCAAGGAUGGAUUUGGUGAUGGAAAAGAUUUGGUUGUUUCAGUGAUGUCUGCUAUGGGAGAAGAGCAGAUCUGUGGCCUUAAGGACAUCGGCCCCAAGUAAUUGUCCUUCAUGAAUGGGGAAUGCUUCAAGACUGGGACUUUAAACAGAACCACAUAAUAGUAGCUUACUUUAGGGGUCACUUAUUUCAGAAAUGUUCUUAUUGGAAUGUGCCCUCUACCUAUCACUAGACUUUGCCAUUAUGAAUUAGGUUUUUAUAAUCACUAUUUCCUUCUGUUUGAUUAGUACCGAACCAUUUCCUGGGUCUUGGUGUGGAGAAGUUAUAUAUUCCAGCAAAGACUGUAUAUACACUUCUUAGCGCCUCAUGUUGUUUUCAAGUUGCCAUUUAAAGUUAUUCAUAUUCAAAUAGAUUGGUUCUCAUAA